AUGGCAAUCAAUGACAAUAACACUGACUCUAACAAAUCCCAAAAACAAGAAGAAAAAGAUCUCCCAAAAGUAGUGAUCUUCUUACCACCUCCAGUCUUUUCACUCAUUGGCGAAGAAUCCUUUGCAUCCAACAAAUUCCUCUUCUUGAAAGCCUACGACUCCCAACUCCCUCUACUCCAGUUCUUGUCCACUCACUCUAAAUCCAUAAAAGCCAUACUUUCCUCCGGUGGUGCAGCCGUCAACGCGGACAUCCUCCAGCUGCUUCCGGAGGUUGGUCUGGUUGUCACCACCAGCGCUGGUCUAAACCAGAUUGACAUUCCUGAGUGUCGCCGCCGUGGUAUCAAGAUUGCGAAUGCAGGCAACGUGUAUUCUGAUGAUGUGGCUGAUUUGGCUGUUGGUUUGUUGAUUGAUGUUUUGAGAAAGGUUUCGGCUAGUGAUCGUUACGUGAGGCAAGGGUUUUGGGCUACCAAAGGGGACUAUCCUCUCGGUUCUAAGCUGGGAGGUAAGCGAGUUGGAAUUGUUGGAUUGGGAAAUAUUGGACGUGAAGUUGCUAAAAGGCUCGAGGCCUUUGGUUGUUUUGUUUCGUACAACUCCAGGAAGAAAAAACCAUAUGUUUCGUACCCGUUCUAUCAAAAUGUCUGUGAACUUGCAGCUAAUUGCGAUGCUCUCAUCAUUUGCUGUGGAUUAAGUGACGAAACCCAUCACAUGAUCAAUAAGCAAGUGCUGUCAGCACUGGGGAAGGAAGGAGUCAUUGUAAAUGUUGGACGCGGGCCUAUUAUUGAUGAGAAGGAAAUGCUGAGGUGUUUGGUGCAAGGGGAGAUUGCAGGUGCUGGCUUGGAUGUAUUUGAGAAUGAGCCUGAUGUCCCUAAAGAGUUUUUUGCAUUGGAUAAUGUUGUGUUGUCACCACAUAGGGCUGUUUUUACACCAGAAUCUGAGAAGAAUUUAAGCCAACUUGUGGUGGGGAAUUUGGAAGCUUUCUUGUCAAAUAAGCCUUUACUCUCCGAAUAUGUGGAUUAA